ACCUUUUUGGAACUAUACGGAGACGGUGUAUGGGUGAAAGGACUUCUCUCUUGUUCUGUUUAACUAGUUACUAAAAUGGCUGGAAUUAACGUUUUCCGCUCCGUGAUCGAUGUGUCAAAAACUCACUACAGAGAUAUACUUCUGAAGAAAAACAGGUUUCAACUAUCAUCAUGUUCUGGAGUUUGGAAUAGGGGUAAAUAUUACAGUUCAUCAUCUGAUGACUACCUCCAUGAGUCCAUCAUCCCAACGAUGCAUUUCCAGAACAGCUUACCCCGGCUUCCCAUUCCCAAGCUACCAGACACCUGUAGGCGGUACCUGGCCUCUCAAAGGCCCCUCCUGACAGACGAGCAAUUCGCCCGUACUAAAGCCAUCGUCAACGACUUCCAGAGGAACGAAGGACCUGAUUUGCAUACCUUGCUGAAGAUACAGGACAGACAGAACAAACACACAAACUACAUCUCAGGUGCCUGGUUUGACAUGUACCUGAAAGCAAGGGAAUCCAUUGUACUCAGUGCUAACCCGUUCAUUACGUACAACAGUGAUCCCAAGCCAGAGAAUAUGGACCAGUUGAUCAGAGCCACUAACAUGGUUGUGUCUGCCGCUAAGCUGAUGAAGACGCUAAGAGCAAAUAAACUAGAGCCGGAACUCUUUCAUCUGAAUCCUAAGAAGACUGAACUAGACAGCUUCAAGAGGACAGCAAGUCGGAUGCCCAAGUCGAUUGCUUCCUACUAUGCCAUCCUUAACAAGGCCUUUCCUCUGGACAUGAGUCAGUACUUCAGACUAUUCAAUUCUUCCCGUAUCCCGCUGCCUGUGAGAGACGACUUUGUGACGGACCCGAGUGCAAGACAUGUGCUCGUUGUUAGGAACGGCCACUUCUUCACGUUCGACGUCUUGGAUACAGAUGGUAAUAUUCUUCCCCCCUCCGUCAUCCAUGCCAACAUCCGCUACAUCUUACAAGACCCCUCCACACCCUCCGAGAAUCCCCUGGGCUAUCUGACCAGUGAGAAUCGAGACACGUGGGCCGGUCUACGCAAACAUCUUGCCGAUAGCAGUGCAGCUAAUGUGGAAUCAUUGCGACUCAUCGACACGGCCAUGCUAUGUGUGUGUCUGGAUGAGGCAUCGCCUGACACCCCAGAAAGCAUGACGAGGCUGAUGCUGUAUGGAGACGCAAGUAACAGGUGGUUUGAUAAGUCCAUCCAGGUCAUCCUGUGCAAGAAUGGCAUGAUGGGAGUCAACUUUGAGCAUGCCUGGGGAGACGGUGUGGCCGUCUUAAGAUUCUUCAACGAGGUGUACAAGGAUAACUCGGAGAACCCCGCCGUAGGGGCGGAGUCAGUACCGAGCAGGGAAGACGCUUCACAGAAUGUCCAGAGGAUGAACUUUGAUCUUGACGCAGGAAUCGUCCAAGGGAUCAAGACGGCGAAGGACAAUUUUAUCGCCAUGACAACAAGGCUCAGCGUGUGCGCCAAACAGAACUUCUUGUACGGCCGAGACUUCAUCAAGACGACUGAUAUCAGUCCUGAUGCCCUGAUGCAGCUAUCAUUCCAGAUGGCGUACUACAGGCUAACAGGGCAGACAACCGCUACAUAUGAGUCUGCCAGUACGUCAGCCUUCAAGCACGGCCGAACUGAGACACUACGACCAGCGACGAUGGAUACCAAGCGAUGUGCCGAGGCCUUUCAAAAAGACUCGGGGGUCAGCGCACAGGAGAAGAGAGCCCUGAUGAAGGCUUGUUCCGAUACACACUACAACCUCACCAAAGAGGCACUCAUGGGUAAAGGCUGGGAUCGUCAUCUCUUCGGAUUACGGAAACUGACGGAAACAGACCUCAUGAAACCCGACAUCUUCACCGACCCCGCCUACUCGGAUAUCAAUCACAUCAUUCUGUCCACCAGUACGCUGUCCAGCCCGGCCGUGCUGAUCGGUGGGUUCGCUCCAGUCACGCCCAAUGGGUUCGGUAUCGGGUACAGCGUCUCGGAUGAUAACCUGGGGGUGAAUAUAACGAGUUACCCAGACUCACACAGCGUGGAAGACUUUGUUGAGUGUAUCAAUAGUAGCUGGGAGGAUAUGUAUGAAGUGUUGACCACUACGACAUCGGUUAAAGCAAAGAAGUAGUGAUUAGGAGAGAAUCUCUCUGCCACUCCCCACCCAGCCCUGAAGUCUUGACCACAAUCACAUCAAUGAAAGCAAAGAAGUAGUGAUUAGGAGUGAAUCUCACUCUGAUUCCCCACCCAGCCCUGAAGUCUUGACCACAAUCACAUCAAUGAAAGCAAAGAAGUAGUGAUUAUGAGAGAAUCUCACUCUGCCUCCCCACCCAGCCCUGAAGUCUUGACCACAAUCACAUCAAUGAAAGCAAAGAAGUAGUGAUUAGGAGAGAAUCUCACUCUGCCUCCCCACCCAGCCCUGAAGUCUUGACCACAAUCACAUCAAUGAAAGCAAAGUAGUAGUGAUUAGGAGAGAAUCUCACUCUGCCUCCCCACCCAGCCCUGAAGUCUUGACCACAAUCACAUCAAUGAAAGCAAAGAAGUAGUGAUUAGGAGAGAAUCUCUCUGCCACUCCCCAUCCAGCCCUGAAGUCUUGACCACAAUCACAGUGAUAAAAGCAAAGUAGUAGUGACUAGGAGAGAAUCUCACUCUGCCUCCCCGUCCCUAACCCUGAAGUCUUGACCGCGACAACAUCGGUGAAAGCAAAGUAGUAGUGAUUAGGAGAGAAUCUCACUCUGCCUACCCGUCCCUAACCCUGAAGUCUUGACCGCGACAACAUCGGUGAAAGCAAAGUAGUGAUUUAGAGAUUGUCACUCGGCCACUCCCCACCCAGCUCCGAAGUCUUGACCACAACCACAGUGAUGAAAGCAAAUAAGUAGUGAUCAGGAGACAACCUCACUCUGCCUCCCCCACCCCAAACCUGCCAUCGGUGAAAGCAAAGAAGUAAUGAUUAGGAGAGAUUCUCACUCUACCACCCUAUCCCACCCCACCCCUCUACCACACCCCCUUCACUCACUAUGUUUCCUGAGAACAGACAAUCAAUUAUAGACCCUACCUUCUCAGUUUACACCACUAUUAUAUUUCAUUAUGGGAAACCUCUGUUAAAGAGCUUCCGAGUAUUGCCACCGAAUCUCAGAAGAAUGCCAGACGACGGCACUACAAAUUUUACUAUUUGCCGUAUUCCAGAUGGAAAUAUUUCUGAGGACAUUUGUGUCACUGUGUCAGGUUUAUCAAAAGUAAGCUACAAGAUUCAAAAUCGUUCAUAAUGUUUUAUUUCACCAAAACAAAAACUUUAUCACAAGUGGAUCAAGGAUUUGUUAUAAUAAAAAAUGUUAAAUUGUUGUUGUUUUUUUGGAUGAUUGCAGGGUUUUGUUUUAACAAGACAUUAUUUUUUUUAUUUUGACUGGAGAUGUUCUGUUUAUAGAUUUCAGUGAGUGUUUCAGUCUGGGUCGUUUACCAAUGAAAAUUAGCAAGAAUCGCAUUAAGCAUUGGCUUUAAAUUUGUGUGGAAUUUCAAGAAAAGAACAAAAGCCACUCUUCCGCCUACUCCCCCCUCCCCCACACCACCAAAGUGGAAUGUGUUAUUUAGCUCAAGUUUAAGAAACAAUGCAAUGCCAUGUGUAUUCAACGAACAUGAAUUCCAUUCCAUAGUGUUGUAAAAACUGGGACCAGUUUCUACUUUGAAAAAGUACCCAAAAUCGGUAUGUAAUACUCUGUGUAUUAUUUAUUUCAGUUACCAUGAAUGUAUAAAGUUUUUAUCAGACAGUUAUAAAAGACACUUAUACAAAGAAUUUA